CUGCCCCAACAAGUGCCCAUGCUUUGCUUCCGCUCCCGGUGACGCCGCCGCGCAACUGGUCCUGCACUGCGAGGCUGCUGCCGCUGAUCGAUCGGGAUGGCCCCGGCGUCCGCGAUGGAGCUGGAGGCGCCGCCACCGGUAACGGCGUCGGCCAAGGAGAUCAGGUCGCCGGAGGUGCUCUCGUCGCUGCAGCGCAAGAAGCUGGGCGCGCACUUCAUGGAGAGCGACGAGCGCCGCUUCUCCUCCGGCGGCGGCGGCGCCAGGACGCCCCUCGGCGGCGGGUACGAGCCGCCGCCGCCCUCCUCCUCCUCGGCGGCCGGCGGCACGACGCCGGUCGACAUCCGGGGACACCCCAUCGCGGACCUGUCCCGGACCGGCGGCUGGGUGGCCGCCUUCUUCAUCUUCGGCAACGAGAUGGCGGAGCGCAUGGCCUACUUCGGCCUCUCCGUCAACAUGGUCAUCUUCAUGUUCAAGGUCAUGCACCGCCCCUUCACCAGCUCCGCCAACGCCGUCAACAACUUCCUCGGCAUCUCCCAGGCCUCCUCCGUGUUGGGGGGCUUCCUAGCCGACGCCUACCUCGGCCGCUACUGGACCAUCGCCAUCUUCACCACCAUGUACCUGCUGGGCCUCAUCGCGCUCACCGUCAGCGCCAGCGUGCCGGCGCUCGUGCCAUCCCAGGAGGGCUGCGACACGCUCGCCAUGCUGCUGGGCGCCUGCGCGCCGGCCAAGUCCUGGCAGAUGGCGUACCUCCAGACCGCGCUCUACGUCACGGCGCUCGGCGCCGCCGGGAUCCGGCCCUGCGUCUCCUCCUUCGGCGCCGACCAGUUCGACGAGCGGAGCCCCGGGUACAAGCGCCGCCUCGACCGCUUCUUCAACCUCUUCUACCUCGCCGUCACGCUCGGUGCCAUCGCGGCCUUCACGGCGGUCGUCUACAUCCAGAUGCACCGCGGCUGGGCCGCCGCGUUCGGCACGCUCGCGCUCGCCAUGGGCGCCUCCAACGCGCUCUUCUUCGUGGGCACGCCGCUGUACCGCCACCGCCUGCCGGGGGGAAGCCCGCUCACGCGGGUGGCGCAGGUGCUCGUCGCCGCCUUCAGGAAGCGCAACGCCGCCUUCGACAGCGGCGGCUUCGUCGGCCUCUACGAGGUCGCCGGCGCCAAGUCCGCCGUCCGGGGCAGCGCCAAGAUCGAACACACCGACGACUUCAGGUGGCUCGACAAGGCGGCGCUGCAGCUGGAGGGCGACCUCGCCGGCGGCGGCGAGGACCCGUGGCGGCUGUGCACUGUGACGCAGGUGGAGGAGGUGAAGAUCCUGCUGCGGCUGCUGCCGGUGCCGGCGUGCACGGUGAUGCUCAGCGUCGUGCUCACCGAGUUCCUCACCCUGUCGGUGCAGCAGGCCUACACGCUCAACACCCGCGUGGCUGCGCUGCACCUCCCGGUGGCGUGCAUGCCGGUGUUCCCCUGCCUCGCCAUCUUCCUCAUCCUCGCGCUCUACUACCAGACCUUCGCCCCGCUGGCCCGCCGCCUCACGGGCCACCCGCACGGCGCCUCGCAGCUGCAGCGCGUCGGCCUGGGCCUCUUCUUCUCCAUCCUCUCCGUGGCCUGGGCGGGGCUCUUCGAACGCUACCGCCGGGGCUACGCCAUCCGGCACGGCUACCUCGCCCUCUUCCUCACGCCGAUGCCGGACCUCAGCGCCUACUGGCUGCUCAUCCAGUAUUGCCUUAUCGGCGUCGCCGAGGUGUUCUGCCUCGUCGCGCUCCUCGAGUUCCUGUACCAGGAGGCGCCCGACGCCAUGCGAAGCGUCGGCUCCGCGUACGCCGCCGUCGCCGGCGGACUCGGGUGCUUCCUGGCGUCGGCGCUCAACACCGCCGUGGAUGCCGCGACGCGGGACGACGCCGCGGGGCGGCCGUCGUGGCUGGCGCAGAACAUCAACGUCGGCAGGUUCGACUACCUCUACUGGCUGCUCGCCGUGCUCAGCACGGUCAACCUGCUCGUCUUCGUCUACGUCGCCAAGCGCUACAAGUACAGGGUCAGGAUCGAUGCUCAGGCCGCGGUUGUGAAUAAGCAGUAGGCCAGUAGCCAUGGACGCGAGAAGGAUUUGAAUUUGGAUGUGGAUUUUGCCUCUUUUUACCCCCGAAGGAUUUACUGUACCGAAGCAUUCCCAGGAGUACAACUACCAUAACAUUCGCCGUUUUGCAAAUACCAGUAUUCAACCAAAAAAAAAGAAUAUGUGCUAAACUCCAAUUCCCUGAAAAAAUGCCCACUGUGUAUGUUAGAUGCGCCACAAUUUGCCGUAAUCUUUUCUGCAAUAUGUGGCUACCAACCAAACAUCGCCACUAAGGAUGUCCUGCUUAAGCUUAAUCCCUGAAGCAACUUCAGAUCUCCAAUUCUAUGUCACGGCCGCGGCAACUGAAACAGACCAACUGGGAGCUUGGGCCUACAACUGGAGAUGCAAUCAUUCACGGCAUUCUGGUGAUCAUCAUGUAGCCUGUGACUGGCGGCUCAGCCCAGGGACGAUUAGUUUUCAUGCUGAUAUUAGCACACAACCUUCAUGGAAUCUGCAUGUUUGGAAGUGAUCAAAACAAAAAUGUCAGGAUUCAACAAUUCAAAUGACUUUGUAUUGACAACGGACCAGUGUGUGUGGGAACAGAUGGUUCAGAUUGACAGUCAGCAGUUCUGUUAUCUGCUGCUGCUGUUUAAACAAAAAAAAUGUAUGAAUGCAUAGUAACAGUCAAGGAAUCAGCUGAUAAAUGGUGACUGUAUCUGUAUGUUGCGACUAUUGUAUCUCACUCAAAGAGUACUGCGUAUUCAAACUCUUUGGACGCUAUUAGUAUUUUCAAUGAUGAUAUCAGUAGUUCAUAGACAAUUAUAUAUUCAAAAGAAUGUUCAGUGUUAA